AUGUAUGUGUGGUCUUUUCUUCAUUCGAGCAAGAGAGUCUGGGCCAUCUUUUUGAGAAAUCUUCAGACCUCAGAUAACGAGAUAUCGACCACCAACAGCCUGAACCCCGACCCCACACCCCCUCACCAAGACAGUGCCAAGAUCGACACGGCUGCGCACUGCAAACUGGUCCGUCCAAAUAGGAGAGUAGUCCAGUGGAACAAGACAAGGCAUGCAGAUCCCGUGCUGAGAUAUCCUCCCCGCAGCUCAUGCCUUAUCCCGACCGACCAGGCCAUGACGACGUAA